AUGCCAACGUUAACCUACCCACCCUCAACACCUCUAUCCAAACUCUCCCCCACCGAACUCACCUCCCUCCACUCCCUCCUCACCGAACUCGCCCGCCUACACUCCACCGCCGACCCCGCCAUCAACCCCUUGGAUUUGUUCCUUCUACUCUCGUCUGAUCAUCCUGAUGCUUCGCUGUUGAAGUUCCUGCGGGCUCGGUCGUACAGCGCGCCGAACGGAUUAAAGCAGAUGUUACAGACCCUCGCUUGGAGACGUCAGGUAGGUAUUCUGGAGUUAUCCGGACAGGGUGAAUCAGGCGUCCUCCUCGACUGUCCCGAAAUCCUCUACGGCUCCACCCCCGACCCACCCGUCGGCUACAUCUGGGGCCAAGACGCACUCCACCGCCCCGUCGUCUGGAUCGUCCUAAAAAGCUGGGAACCAAAACGGAUUCCGCGCGAGGUGUUACAGAAACAUCUCUUGGUGUUUUUUGAGGAGUUGAAGGGGAUGGCUGGGUGGCCUGUUGAGGGGGCGAUGAUCGUUAUGGAUAUUAAUGGGUUUUCGUUGACGAAACAUAUGGACAUGCAAUUCUACAAGUUCUUCAUGGAAAUAACACAAUCCCACUUCCCAGAAUCACUCGGCCGCUGCCUCAUCUACGGCUCCUCCUACCAAACCCGGAUAUUCAACGUCUUGUUCUCCCUCCUCUCACCGAUGAUCGACGCACGCGUGAAGAGUAAGAUUGGAUUCGUGUCGAAGAAGGAGGAGUUGGGGAGGGAGUUUGAGGGGGGGUUGGAGAGUGCGUGGAUAAGUGCGAGGUAUGGGGGGAUGAGUGGGAGGGAGUAUGUCUAUGAAGCUCCGCCUGCUGAGGAUCUUACCAUCACCGACGCCGCCAACGCAAAAUUCGCGAAGGGCCGGCAGGAGGAAGAGGCUCGUGCCCACCAACUCCUCACAAAAUGGUUCGACCUAACAAAUACCUGGAUCAAAACCUCCAAAUCGGGCACCGCGACCGAGGAGGAAGUGAUGAGAGCGUGGCGGGAACGGGAGGAUGUGGGGUGUGAGAUGAGGGAGUGUUGGAGGAGGUUCAUGGGGUGUGUCAAGGAGGGCAGGAAGGGGUUGUGGGAGAGGAGGGGGGUGUUGGGAGGGGAUGGGAGUGUUGAUUGGGCGAAGGCGCUUUAA